UUUCAAAGCCGCACUCCAUUAUCUCCGUUUCCGCCAUUUUCUUAUAGCUAGGGCUUUAGGGUUUUGGGAGGAAGUCAGUGUGCCAUGGCUUCUUCUGACGGCAGUCCAUCUGCAACGGCUGAAAUAGCUGCGGAGGGGACCUCGGCGGAUAAGUCUCCGGCCCCAGAGGUCGAUGAGGUUCUACUUUCCGCUUCGGAAGAGGGAAAGGGCUUAGAUGUCGAGAGUAACGUUGGUUCGGCUAACGGUGUAGACGCUAGCUCUUCCGAACACGAGGAAGGAGACGAGGAGGAUACGCUAGAGCGUGCUACUGAGCUGUUUGAGAAGGGAUCGAAGGCCAUUGAAGAUGGAGAUUUGGCGGAGGCCGUCGAUUGCCUUAGCCGCGCCUUAGAAAUCAGAGUUGCAAAUUAUGGUGAACUUUCGUCUGAAUGUGCUAGCUCUUACUACAAAUAUGGUUGUGCACUCUUGUGCAAAGCGCAAGAGGAAACCGAUCCAUUGGGUGAUGUCCCUAAGAAUACUCAAAGAAACUCCAACAAGGAUGAAUCUGCUGCUAACAUGGAAGAAGGUGGGAGUUCAGUGCCAUCUUCUGAGUCAAAAGCUCUAAAUUCAUCUUCGAACAAGUCUGAAAUUGAAGGAGGUUCUGAUCUCAAGAAUACGGAAGAUGAAAAUGAGGGAGUUGAAGGGGAUGAUGAAGAACUGGGAGAAGCUGAUGAAGACGAUUCUGAUCUGGACUUGGCAUGGAAAAUGCUGGAUAUCGCAAGAGCAAUUUUUGAAAAGAAGCCAGAACAUUCGAUUGAGAAAGCAAAUGUAUUUUCUGCAUUAGGAGAAGUCUCCAUGGAAAGAGAGGAUAUUGAGACUUCAUUGAACGACUACAGGAAAGCUCUAUCCAUUAUGGAACAUUUGGUUGAACCAGAUAAUCGAAGGAUUGUUGAAUUAAACUUCAGGAUAUGCUUGGUGUUGGAGCUGGGUUCUAAAGUUGAAGAGGCUAUACCCUAUUGUGAAAAAGCUAUUUCACUCUGCAAGUCAAGACUAGAGCGACUCAAGGAAGCUUCAAUAAAAUCAAAAGAUAGUAAAGAUGCCAGUGACAAAUCAGUUUCUGAACUGGAUGAAAUUGGCAAAGUGGUAUCUUCUGAGUCAUCAAAUCUUGACAGUGAAGUCGACCUGCUCAGCAGCAUCUCAACUGAGCUGGAGAAAAAGCUUGAGGAUCUGCAGCAGUUGAUGUCAAACCCAAAAUCUAACUUAACCGAGCUUCUGAAAAAAAAUGCUUCCACAUCUUCUUCUGCGGAGAAGAUCGGUCUUAGAGAUUUCUCCAGAUCUUCAUCUGUUAAUUCUUCUCAAAUGGCUGCAAUUGAAGGCGGCGGCUUUGAUUCCCCAUCAAUUUCCACCGCAGCUAAUGGCGGUGUGAUGCAUCUGGGAGUAGUUGGUCGUGGUAUUAAGCGCGCUAUUGUUACUCCAACCGGCGCGGAACCUUCCCAAAAGAAGUCCACAUCAGAGUUGUCCGCAGAGAAAGCUGAGAGCUGUGUUUCUGAGGUCCUCUCUAAUCCACAGACUUCCGAGGCUUCUAGCAAGUAAGUAAUCGAUUUCUUAGAAAUCUUUUAUGAUGUGACACUUUAGAAGCCUUGUAUGUUUACUUGUUUGAAAUAUAGAUAAGUCUAGGAAAAAAAUGGGGAAGCUUCUGCUAUGGCAGUGGCAGUGGCAGUGUUAUAUGUUGAUUGUGAUGAACAUGUUUCAACUGUUUUUUGUGGUGUUUUAUUCACUUUUCUAUCGGCCUUUCUUAGUCA